AUGUAAUAAUUUAAAUUGCUUGCCCAAUAGUUCAGAAUAAUCACAUUCAAAUACCUAUUUUAAUAUGCUUUUAAUAUUGAUUGCAUAAAAUGCAUUUUUACCUCAUUAUUUGGAUAAAUUCUAACUUUAUUCUAUAUCAAAAUUAAAUAUCUGGAAGCUUUAUUCGGCAAUUCUUUCAAUUUAAGUACUCAUAUUGAUGGUAUUGUUGGGCAUCAAGAAUCCAUUGAAUCAUAUUUCCAUGAGAUCUUUGAUAAAGCUUUUACUGCAAUCCACAUCUUCAUUAAUGCUUGA